AUGGGCUCGAUUCCGGAACAAUCAUCAGCACUCGCUGUCUGGAGUGCCGUCCCACAGGCUCCUGAAGAUGCCAUCUUCAAGCUCACCGCUUCCUACAAGGCUGACACGUACGACAAGAAGGUAAACCUCGGUGUCGGUGCAUACCGUGACAACAAUGGCAAGCCUUACGUCCUCCCAUCGGUAAAGAAGGCGCAGGCAGACCUCAUCGCAGACGAGUCGGUCGACCAUGAGUACCUCUCCAUCACUGGUCUACCCGAGUUCACCAGCGCCGCAGCCAAGCUCAUCCUCGGCUCCGACUCGGCUGCCAUCGCCGAGAAGCGCGUCGCUUCCGUCCAAACCAUCUCCGGUACCGGUGCCAACCAUCUUGGCGCCGUCUUCCUCCAGCGCUUCUACCAAUACCAGGCAUUCGGCGUCGAGCGUCAGAUCUACAUCUCAAAUCCAACCUGGGCCAACCACAAGGCCAUCUUCAACACCGUCGGCAUCAAGCCCGUCGACUACCCUUACUACGACGCCAAGACCAUCGCGCUGGACUUUGCCGGCUUCACCAACACCUUGAAGCAGGCCAAGAACCAGAGCGUCUUCCUGCUGCACGCGUGCGCGCACAAUCCUACCGGUGUCGAUCCUACGCAGGAGCAGUGGAAGCAGAUCGCCGACAUCUUCGUCGAAAAGGGUCACUUUGCCUUCUUCGACUGCGCCUACCAGGGCUUCGCAUCCGGCGAUCUCGACAGGGACGCUUGGGCGGUACGACACUUUGUCGAGCGCAAGAGCAUCCCUCUUCUCAUCUGCCAGAGUUUCGCCAAGAAUGCUGGCUUGUACGGUGAACGAGUCGGUGCGCUCCACGUCGUCUCGGCCACGCCCGAACAGAACGCUGCCGUGUUCUCGCAGCUCGCCGCGAUCCAGCGUUCCGAGAUCUCCAACCCUCCCGCUUUCGGUGCUCGUGUGGUCAAGAUGAUCUUGACCGACCCUGCGUUGUUCAAACAGUGGCAGGCCGACGUCAAGGAGAUGGCAGGUCGAAUCAUCACCAUGAGGCAGAGCUUGUUCGAUCUGUUGACGAAGAAGUUCCAGACGCCCGGAAACUGGGAUCACAUUUUGAAGCAGAUCGGCAUGUUCACCUUCUUGGGCCUCGAUACCAACCAGUGCAAGAGGUUGUUGGAGGAGGGUCACAUUUACCUCACGGCCAACUCGCGUAUCUCGAUGGCUGGUUUGACGACCAACAACGUCGAGUACGUCGCUCAGUGGAUCGACAAGGUGGUGCGCGAGAAGAAGUGA